CCAUCCGAAAUUCCACUGCUGCGGAUUUUCGAUGCACCUUCAACUCUCUCUCUACAUUUUUGCUGAUUUUUCUCUGCUAGUACUCUUUUUCUAUUCUCUGUAAUUCUUAAACUGCAAUAUUUCUCGAGAAUCGAGAUCUAUUCAAGGUCUAUUACUUGAUGAUAUAGACGAAUUUAGUGGGUGUUCCACAAUUCUACCAAUUUUACCAUUUCUAAGACGAUUUCUGUCUUAAAAAUUGCGAUUCGUGUGCUGGAUUCUGGAUAGUUUGAGCUGGAUUGACUGAAAAGUGAAAACAGAGAAAGACAACCGGUGGAAGAAGACUCACACAUGUCACAGGUUUCCAUAGAUACAGAGAUAGUUGAAACGGAGUCGUGUUCUGGAGGUUCGCGCCCCUUUAGAAAUUUCAGAGGCGUAAGGUGGCGUAUUGAUUUGGGGAUUUUACCAUCUUAUCCUUCGGCCUCCGUCGACGAUCUUCGCCGGAUUACCGCUAAUUCUCGGAGAAGGUAUGCUGCGUUAAGAAGACAGCUUCUAGUUGAUCCACACAUACCGAAAGAUGGAAGUAGCUCUCCUGAUCGUGUCAUGGACAAUCCACUAUCCCAAAACCCAGAUAGCAUGUGGGGUCGAUUCUUCAAAAAUGCUGAACUGGAGAGAAUGUUGGAUCAAGAUUUGACGCGCUUGUAUCCUGAAAGAGACAGCUAUUUCCAGACAAGUGUAUGCCAAGGCAUAUUAAGGCGGAUUUUGCUGCUCUGGUGCCUUAGAAACCCAGAAUAUGGCUACAGACAAGGCAUGCAUGAGAUCUUGGCUCCCCUGUUAUAUGUUCUUCAUGUUGAUGUGGAAAAUCUGUCAGAAGUGAAAAGAACAUAUGCUGACCACUUUGUUGAUAAAUUUGAUGGCUUCUCAUUUCAUGAAAAUGACUUGACAUACAAAUUUGACUUCAAGAAAUUCUCAGACUCCGAGGGAGAUAAUAAUGGAUUUGAAAACACUUCUGCAAAAGCUAGUAGUCUCUGUGAACUUGAUCCUGAGAUUCAAACUACAGUUUUACUAAAUGAUGCCUAUGGAGCAGAAGGUGAACUUGGCAUUGUCUUGUCUGAGAAGUUUAUGGAACAUGAUGCCUAUUCCAUGUUUGAUUCUUUAAUGAGUGGAUCUGGUGGUCCCAUAGCAAUGGCCAAGUUUUACUCUCAUCCUUCUGGAAAGCCACAUACCGGACCCCCUCCUGUAAUUGAGGCUUCUUCUGCCUUUUAUCACUUGCUUUACAAUGUUGAUUCAUCUCUUCAUGCUCACCUUGUAGAGUUGGGAGUUGAACCCCAAUAUUUUGCACUUCGCUGGCUACGGGUAUUAUUUGGACGUGAAUUUUCUUUGGAAGAGCUUCUGGUUAUCUGGGAUGAAAUCUUUGCACAUGAAAAUACGGUGUCUAGUCCUGCUGUUGCUUGUGAUGCUGAAUCCAACGUUGCACUUCUCGAGUCACCUAGGGGAGCAUUCAUAUGCGCUUUUGCAGUUUCUAUGAUACUUAACUUGAGGUCUUCAUUGCUUGCCACUGAGAAUGCUACUAUCUGUCUUCAGAGAUUGUUGAAUUUUCCUGAUGAUACUAAACUUGCAAAGCUGUUGGCGAAGGCAAAAUCCUUGCAUGCCACCGCCAGAGAUGCAAACAAGUUAAACCCUGUGCCAAUUCAAUCUGAGUUAUAUGACAGAAGGAAGUCAAACGUAACUAGGGGUCAUAGCCUUUCUCUGGAUUCUUCUUCUCCAAAUACUCCUCUAACUGUGGUACCUGAUAGCUACUGGGAAGAGAAAUGGAGAGUUUUGCAUAAAAAAGAAGAAAAUAAGCUGAGUGCUGGGGGAGAUCAAGUUCCAAAUCGCAGAAAAGGUUGGUCCGAAAGAGUAAGACUCCGCUUGUCUAGGACUGAAUCCGAUCCUUCCCCAUCAAAGAAAAAUGAAAGAACCAAAAUUCCAAAGCCAUUUGUGAGGAGAAGUUUGUUGGAUGAUCUUGCACGACAGCUCGGAGCAGAUGAAGAUACUAAAGAGGAUACAGUGUCUGAUGCUGAUGUUGGCAUCGGGGGUUCGGUGGAUGUCAACAGAGAAGAUGCAAUUGAUAAAAACUAUGAGAGUUCAUCAAGUUCUGCUGGGAGUGAAGACAAUUCUUCCAAUUUCUCAGAGCCUUCUGGUCCUAUUCAUAGAAGUAGUGAUAAUGAGAAUGAAGUGGAAAGAAGUAGUGUUGCAUCAGACUCAUCAAUGGAUGAAAAUGAUGCUCGGAUAUGUGUUAAUGGUCCUGAAUGCUCCCCUCUGCCUGUCUCGAGUCACCAAGAUGGUGCUCCAUUUGAUGAAAAUGAAACUCAGACGUGUGUAGAUAAUCCUGAAUGCUCCCAUGUAUCUGUCUCAAGCCACCAUGACGACGGCUCAUCAAACUCAGCAGGAAAUGAUGAGGCUGUAGGGAAAUUAGCUACAGGGAUAAAGGAGAUUAAACAUCUAUCUGGGAAGUUUCAGUGGUUAUGGAAGUUUGGAAGGAAUGUAAACGAGGGCACAUCUGUGAGAACUGUGCCUGAGGAUGCAAAAGCUUGCGAUAAUGGAAGUGAUCAGAACAAUUUUGUUGAUAUUUCCACUGCCGAUGGGUGUAACCGCGCAUCUGAAACCAGCAAGGGGGAGACAGUGGACCAAAAUUUGAGGGUUAGCUGGAAGAAUAUUGGUCAAUCCAUGAUUGAGAACAUUCAGGUGCUCGAGUCUGUGUUCCAGCAGGAUCGUGGUGGUCAAGUUGGAGGGUCCUCGGAGAACUUGUCGAAGAAUGGUCUUGUCGGUAAAGGACAAGUUACAGCCACGGCUGCACUCAAAGAGCUCAGAAAGAUCAGCAAUCUUCUCUCGGAGAUGUGAUUUUGAUGCUAUUACUAAUAUGUAAAUUUGAUUAUUAAGUAUAUCCCUGUCGAGUAAACACAAUAAAUGGUCCUAUUAAGGCUUCUAUUGUAUCCCAUCAAAUUUUGUAUUACUAUUGUGUGGUUGUAUAUACAAACAUUAUUGAAAUAAAAGUUAAUGUUUACCAAAUACA